UCUUCUACAGGUGCUGCAUAAACUCGGUGUUUGUUGAAAUAAUAUCGCUCAAAAUGCUUAGAAGAAAAGAAUUUAAGAAGUCUGCCAGAACGAAAGGAUAUAUUUAAUAUCUCUGGGUGUUGGUGAAAAUUUUACAUAAUAGUGGGGAUAUGCCCAGGAGAAUCAUUCUUAGCUCAAGAUGAUUCUAAUCUGAAAGCUAUUUCCGCACGACGUGAUACAUGCAGGUGAAGCACAGUGACCCUUAAACUUGGUGUCAAGUUCCCUUUAUUCACCUAUAAAAAUACGUAAAAUAUAAUGACUGCUGUUGAUAAAGAGUACAGUAUAGUUCCUCUCCACAAACGACCUGAUUUGAUUCCAGACUGUUGUACAUUACUUAAUUCAGAAUGGCCAAGGAGUGAAUCUGCAAGGUUGAAAUUUUUAAAAGUAUCAUGUGAUGAAUUUCCCACAUGUCUUGUAUUAAUUGAUAAAGAAAAUAAAGUGCUUGGUCAUUGUAAGAUAUCAUUAAUACCUAGAUUACGUCAUAGUUGUUUUAUACAAUCAGUUGUAAUUGAUUACCAAUGUAGAUCUCAGGGACUUGGAUCUAAAUUACUACGUGGAGCUGAGGAAUAUGUAGCAAAAAAGGGGAUUAAAAAUGUGUAUUUAAGAACUGAGGGACAAGAAGUUUUUUACCUUAAAAAUGGAUAUAAGACAUGUGAUCCAUUUAAAGCAUAUGGAAUCAAUGAUGUUGUGUAUUCUACUGCAGCAUUUACUAAAGCAAAACUUAAAGAAAAAAGUACACAAUGUUGUGGUCCACCACCUCCACCAAUGCCAAACUUUAAAAUGCCAAGGUUCUAUGAUUUGAGUCUUACAGCUCACAGAACACAUAUGGUUAAAAAAUUAUCUUAACAGCAAAAUGCAACAAAAACUUCAUGUUUCUAGAUCAGUUUUUUUUCAUAUUCCAUGUGUAAAUGUGUUACAAAACAUAUCUUAUUUAUUUAUUUAUAAAAUUAUUUUUUUAAUCGUCCAUAAAUACAAAAAUAUUAUGCAUACAUCUCAUUUUUAUGUCAUAAUACAUUAUAACCAUUCCAACAGAUAUUUGGAAUUGCACAUAUUUUUUUAAUGUUUCAGUAUUGAUGCAAUAUAUUUUGAGUAAGCAGAAAUUUUCUUUCUUAUUUUUAUAUUUUAAAUUUAUUUUACUAGAAAGAAAUAAAAGAACUUAUUUAUAACUGAUCACAUUUUAUAUAAUAUUAUGGAACAUUUGCAAUACCACAAACUUUUUGAUAAUACUGUGGUUGUUCAAGGCUUUCAACAAGAAAUGCACCCAAGUCAUGCUUAGAAAUAGCUCGACCAGGAGAUUCGUCAAUUUUCACCUCAUAUUUUGAACUUGGAAUUGAGUCUGAAAACAACAAAUAAAAUAUGUAUUAUUACUUCGUUAUAUUAUUAUAAACAAGUGUGUUCAUUCUAAAAAAAAAAUACCUGAAAUAUGAGGUGGUAAUAUUGCAAUCCAUUUUAAUUGACUUGCCUUGAGAACAUCAAACAUACGUUGAUGGUCUUCAGUUACAUCUCUAAAUAGACUAGGUACUUCUUCAGGUUUAUAGAAUAGAAAUUCUGUAAAUAAAUAAAAUGUUAUUUGAAAGUAUACAAAAA